GCGUUGAGUUUCACUUCGAUUAACUGAUUGGCAUGUUUCAUUCCGGUUGCACUUGAACGGACAAUUUCGCCGAAAAUCAUUUCGCCGAACGCCAUUUCGCCGAAUUCUUCAUUAGUCUUAAUAUCGUGAUUGGAAUUGGUUAGAAGAAAAAGACGAAUAAAAAAUUAUUAUGACGUUUGUUGACCUACAAUCGUACAUCUGAAACGAUCCAGAGAUUUGAAAAGUUUGACAGUGGCUACCGAUCGGAAUAGUUUCGAGGCAAGUUAAGAAAUUUUUUUACGUGUUUUGUUUCGCCGCUCCAAGUGACGGUAUCCAAUUUUUAACAUGCUUCACCAUAUAAUUCCGGAACCGGAGGUCGGAUCCAGAUGAAAUUUAGCAGUUUUGUAUGAGACUAUGAUACCUUUCAUUACAAUUGAAGUUUGUUGAAAUCGGUUACGCUAUCUCUGAGAAAAGUGAGGAAGUAAGUUAAAAUAAGAUUUUUUUUCACUAAUCACCUUGUAACUCCGGAACCGGAAGUCGGAUCAAAUUAACAUUCAUGAUCUGUGUAUAGGACAAUUGUACCUUUCAUCUGAAUAUAUGUUUGUGAGAAUCGGUUCAACCGUCUCUGAGAAAAGUAAGUGCACUGAUAUUCAUUUUUUUGCGCAUAUCACCUUGUAAUUCCGGAACCGGAAGUCGGAUCUAAGUUCAUGAAAAUCCGUUUUGUCAUCUCCGAGAAAAGUGAGUGCAAAAAAAUAUUACAUACAUACAUACACACACAUACACACAUACUGACAUUUUGCGUACCCGAAAAACUGAUUCGAAUGGUAUAUGACACGCGGCCCUCCGGGCCUCGGUUCAAAAGUCGGGUUUCACAUAUGAGAAAGGUAAAAAGUGUAAAACUUGCUCAAACUACGGAAGAAUAUUCCUAAGCUCUGAGGGCCGAUUUUCAUGUACCACUCGAAUUAGCUCGACGAAUUCAGCAAAUGUCUGCCUGUGUGUAUAUGUGUGUUGGUAUGCAUGUGCAUAAGACAGUAGUCUAGAUGGGAGAGAUGGUUGGACCGAUAUGAAUCAAGAUAAUUCCAAAAUAAAAGGCCUUUUCGUCAGCCAGAACGCAAUUAAAUAGUUUUGAAAUCAGAUGUUAUUUUUUUAAUUAUUCGAAGUUUUAUGACGAAAUUAUCUGUUUGAGAUCAUAUCUAUCACAAUCGAUAUUUUAGACAUAACAUGCAUUAAAACUUAGGAACCUUACGGUAAUAUCUCUCUUACAAGCAAUAAAUUAUUGAAAUCCUUCAGCUAUUAACGGAUUUUUUCAUAAGCGAUUUUUCCCUCAAUAUCCUAAUAGUAAGGGUUUUAAAAGAAGCACGGAGAAGUGAUGUUUGAAAUUAAUAUUGAACACAUUUUGCAUUCAAUUGUUUCUGAAUAAUUGAAAGAUAGAGUGCAGUACUAUUUAGCAUGGCAUUUUGGCACGAUUUGGUUUAAACACAGUACCGUUAUUUAAUAAUUGUGACAUCGAGGUUUAUUUGAAAUUAUUGAGAGAUAACAUUACAUGACACUCAAAAUUUUCUCGAUAACAAGUAUAUUAAUAAAACUGAGCAUCAACUAUAUAAUGGAGAAUUGCAAGCGAUUACAGAGAGAUUGGAGAAUUAUAAGCACACAUUCCAACAUCAAUUAAUAUUCAUUUGAAAAUUAUGUACACCAACAAAUAAUAAUAUAUAAAUUGAACAUAUGAAUUGUGAAAAAAAUAUAUCAUCUUACUGCUUGGAGGGUCAAGAACGUUUUUUUUUUAUCGGUAUCAGGGCAGCUUUUACAUAGGGGCUGUGGGGCAAAGUGCCCCCGAGCCCAUUGUCUUAGGGGGCCACGGAUAGGACCAACCGAGCAAAAAUAAAAGGACAAGACGGACUGCACAACACAAAAAAAGACAAUUAGCUAGGGGCACACAAAAAAUCUUACCCCUGAGCCCAUUAAUACGUUAAAAAGCGGCGCUGAUCAGAAUUGUCAUAGCUAGUUUAGCUGAUUUUUUAAGGCGAAUAUCUUAUGCUAUACGUUCAUUUUUCUCAUGCGGUAUGUUAUGUUUUUGUAUAUUGUUUAAUUGUACUGUUAGGUAAAUGAACAAAAAGCGCAGACAAUUCGUUCAGUAUACAGGUGGUUGCACUUCAGCCUGGUCAUUGUACACGAUCGUGGACGUCUGCCAUCGAUUACUGGUUUCUUUUGGUGCCUGCUCGAUUUUGACCAUGAAAGUGAAAGGUACAUGAAUUUCGUCAAUGCUACGGUAUCUCGCAUGGUUUUACGUUAUGCUCUAUUUGUUUUGCCAAGUAAUAGACAAGUAAUAGAUCGGUUUCCGCUCACCUUGCUUAGAUUUUCUACAAUGUUUGGUAUUUGUUCUAGUUCGUCUGAACUGUACGGUUUUCAUACCGUACCGGUGUCGGACCGAUGAUUCUUUUCAAAUUUUACGUUCAGCACUGCGAGUAUUAUUUAUUCUAUAAUAACUUGAGCUUUCAACCAGCUCUUCAGAUAAAACUAAAAAUAUAUCUGAUCGUUUCAUCCGCUCAUAUUGGUGCGAAGCAAAAUAGUGUAUCAUGGUAUAGUACCUUAACGCUUGAAUUUCAAAUUGUGAGUAUAAAAGAAAACGUAAAAGUGCGUCGGCACCGAAUGCUUUGUCAAUGGCAUCAAGUUGAAUACGGUGAAUGUAUCAGUGACCAAGUGUGCAUUUCGAGUCUUUGAUUGCGUGUUACCUUGAACUUGUUGAUAUUUCGUAAGAAACCGGUUCUGAAGUCUGCAUUGCUUAUUUCGAAAUAUAUUGGUCAAGUAACUUUCGUUGAUCACAAGUUCUUAUUUCAAUCCUGCAGCCAGUGGCGUAUAAGUUUUCCGGUUUUCGGUUUCUACAUUUUCUAAAACUCCUGAGUUUGGCAAACGAUUAUCAUGCAUGUUUUAAGUUGGUGAUGGAGCCAUAGACUUUUUUCUACAGAAUAAAAACAUGCUAAUAUGUAGGUUAAUUGUUCGGAUUAAUGAUACAAUUAGCAAUUCAACACUUCCUUUGCUUCUUGUAUAAACCUACAUCAUAAAUCCAUUGCGUAAAGCCCGCGAUUCAAGGUGAUAUUAGUUUUACUUAUUUAUAACAAUAAUGAACUUGAACGAUCAGUGAGAGGUAAAUCCGUAAAAUCGUUUGUUGGGGUUCCCCCAUGUAUCAACUUCUGCCUCGCUAGGGGAAAUUUCAAAACAUUUUGGUGUUGAUUUCUCAUUCACUCAUAUAUUACUUAAUAUCAGCUGGAAUAUAUUGUGAGAAUAAAGAGUACUUCGUAGUUCACCUAAAAUCGCUUAGAUAGACAACAAUAAAAUUAGUAGCUAUGAGCCUAUGUAACAGUAACAAUAAAUAAAAAAAAGUGUAUUAUAAAUUUACAGUGAAUAGUUCAAAUGAUUAGUAUCGUUUUUACAAACAUAAUGAAAAUGCAACUGAGAAGAUAUAUAUACUGUGUAUUGUUAAUAAUACAUUAUCGAAUUGUGCAAUCACAGGAACACAUUAUAAGCAAGGACAAAAAAUUGAAAAUUUGCGUUGUCGAAGGUUCUGGUCUCUACAAAAAAGGAGCGCAAAAUUGUCCAACACUUGAAGCUAAAUCAGAAAUCCAAUGUGUUUAUGGUUUAGACAGAUUAGAUUGUUUGAGGAAAAUUAAAAAAGGAACCGCACAUUUUGCUGUUUUCUCACCAGAAGAUUUAUUAGCAGCAAGAUGGACUGGAGCAGAAAUAUUAGUUACCAGUGAAUUGCGUUUUCACAAUGAAUUUUUUGAAUAUCAAAUUGUCGCGCUAGUCGACAACGAAGCACACAUCAAUACAGUAAAGGAAUUGAAAGGUAGUAAAUUCUGCCAUCCUGGACAUGGAAUUCAAAAUCAUUGGACAGAAGUCUUAGCCGAUUAUUUUGAAUCUAAAUUAGUGCCACGAGAAUGUGAGGAUGAUUUAUCUCCUACAGAAUCAAGGAUUAAGGCUGCAGCAAACUUUUUUGGACCUUCUUGUAAAGCCGGACCCUGGGUGUCAGACCCAACAGAAGAUCGCAAUCUAAAAAAUAAGUAUCCUUCACUAUGUCAAUUGUGUUACAAUCCCUACCAAUGCGGUAUUGGCGAUAAGCACUGGGGACGUCGUGGACCAUUAUAUUGUCUUACAAGCGGUGCUGGUGAGGUAGCGUGGGUUCGGUUAGAUGACGUUCGAAGUCAUUUUGGGUUCAGUGGACUCCCACCAGAGGCGGAUGCAUCAGGGUAUAGUUUUCUCUGCGCAGAUGGACAUUUACAGCCGUUGGAUACUAAAAAACCUUGUGUUUGGUUAGCGAAACCUUGGCCAGCAGUUGCAGCUCAAAGAAAUUUCGCCCUAAGGGUUCAAGAUACUGUUGCUGGACUUACACACGAUGAUAUACAUAGUUGGCAGAAUGCACUGUUGAUGAUACUUGAAACAUACCAUGUUAAUGUAUCGACAUUAGAUAACACAAUACCAGUUGAUGAUUAUUUAGAUCAAGCUAUCGGGUUCCAAGAUGCUUAUAGUUUUCCAUCGUGUAAUCCGCCAAGAUCGGUUCUGUUCUGUACAAAAUCUCUAUUGGAGCUUGCCAAAUGUUCGUGGUUGCAGGAGGUGGCAUCAGUUUACGGAGUUGAACCCAACAUACAAUGCGUGCGGUUUGAUACGUUGGAUAGUUGUUUGAAACAAGUACAACAUAAAGUAUCAGAUGUAGUUAUUGUAGAUCAAGACACUCGCCUUCGGGCAGAACGAGAUUAUCAACUCAAACCAAUUUUGUAUGAAUAUUCAUCGUCUCUGGAGGAUAAGUAUGUUGUUGUUGCUGUAAUUCGAACGGAAUCGACUAUCAAAACCGGUUAUGAUCUUCGAGGGAAAAAAGCAUGUUUACCAAAAUACGAAGGGGCAGCAUAUUUAUCUGUACAAGAAUCGCUUAUGAACCAUACAAACCAAAUAAAUGAAUGCACAGACAUAUCAAGUUACUUUUCGAAGCAAUCAUGCAAUUGGAAUAAAAAAUCUAAAUGCUCCGUACUAUAUACUGGAGAAGAAGGUGCACUAAGAUGUUUGCUUGAAGGGAAUGGAGAUGUGGCAUUCAUAAGCUAUGAAACAUUCAAAAAAUUUAAAGGCAAUGAAUUUCAAUGGAGUCGUAGUUACAAUACGUCCAAGUUUUCCCUUUUAUGCCCAUUUAAUAAACCGCUAAAACAGAAAGCAAUUUGCUAUUUGAACUGGGCAUCUCGCGGUCACAUUAUGAUUAGUUCAUCUGUAUCAGAACUACGGGAGAAAGAAAUCUAUAAUUCAUUGAAAGAGAUUGAUAGACUUUUGGGGAAGAAACAUCGAAUGACAUCAGCAUCAUUUACGUUGUAUGGAGCAUUUGAUCGCAAGUCGAAUGUAAUUUUUAGAGACGGAACAGAGACUCUCCGUAGUCGAUCUGAAAUGUAUCGCGACAGAAACUCUGGUUUUCUGAAUACGAUAUAUUCAAGAAUAGCCUGGAGGAACUGCACUCGAAAUAGCGCGUUCAAUAUGGUAACGCCAUGGUCAUUACUCAUUUAUGCCAUAUUUAUUAUCACACAUCUGCCUUCCUACUUAUGAUGAUUAUGACUGAAAUGUUUAAAAUUAAGCAGUAGAUAAUUUGUGAUAUUAUUUAUAUUCAAAAAUGCAAACAAAGCAAUGACGUACUGCUAUUGUACUGUUCAUUAGUAUGAUUUCGAAUUACAUUGUACAUUAGUAUGAAUUCGUUACACACCACCAGAAAAAUGUGCCUAGGAACCAUUAAAUUAUGAAAUAGUAAGAAAUAGUAAAGUACUUACAUUUUUUUUCAAAGAAAUACAAACAGUUUGGUCGA